UCAGCUGUGCCAGUCCCUGCAGGCUGCUUGGCUCUCUGGCGCACAGGUCUCCUGGCAGUGCCAGCGACGAGCCUGAAUCGCCGCUCCCUCCCACAGCGUCCUAUAAAUGCUCUGCCCUCUCUCUUUUUUUCCCCUCAUCGGCACGGCUCAGAUUAACAACCAUUAUUUUCUUCAGCAAUCUUAGGAUCGAAAGUGCAUCGUUAACUACGCAGGAUGCUUGCAGAGCACCGGGAGAACAGUAGGGCUGGCUUCGGCCUCAAGAAGCCUCUAAAGAUGAAUAUGGUGAAGAGGAUCAUGGGAAGGCCGCGGCAGGAGGAGUGCAGCCCACAGGACAACGCGCUGGGACUGAUGCACCUGCGCCGCCUCUUCUCUGAGCUCUGCCACCCGCCGCGCCACAUGACACAGAAAGAGCAGGAGGAGAAGCUCUAUAUGAUGCUGCCUGUUUUCAAUCGGGUGUUUGGGAACGCUCCACCAAGCACUAUGAAUGAGAAGUUUUCAGACCUGCUGCAGUUUACCACACAAGUGUCCAGACUGAUGGUGACUGAGAUCAGACGGAGAGCCUCCAAUAAAUCUACAGAGGCAGCCAGCAGAGCCAUUGUGCAGUUUCUGGAGGUAAAUCAGAGCGAGGAGACGAGUCGGGGCUGGAUGCUCCUGACCACCAUUAACCUGCUGGCCUCCUCAGGACAGAAAACCGUGGACUGUAUGACCACCAUGUCAGUUCCCUCGACGUUGGUGAAAUGCUUGUAUUUGUUUUUUGACCUGCCUCACAUGCCCGAGGUUCCUGCUGCCACCCAGACCGAGCUUCCUCUGGCGGAUCGCAGGGCUCUUCUGCAGAAAGUCUUUGUCCAGAUCCUGGUGAAGUUGUGCAGUUUCGUGUCUCCAGCAGAGGAACUGGCCCAGAAGGAUGACCUCCAGCUGCUCUUCAGUGCCAUCACCUCCUGGUGCCCCCCACACAAUCUGCCCUGGAGGAAGAGCGCCGGAGAAGUGCUCACCACCAUCUCCCGACACGGCCUCAGCGUCAAUGUUGUCAAGUACAUCCACGAAAAAGAGUGCUUAUCAACAUGCAUCCAGAACAUGCAGCAGUCAGAUGACCUUUCUCCUCUGGAGAUUGUGGAGAUGUUCGCCGGGCUCUCCUGUUUCUUGAAGGACUCGAGUGAUGUCUCUCAGACACUGCUGGAUGACUUUCGCAUGUGUCAGGGCUACACCUUCCUCAUAGAUCUUAUGAUCAGGUUGGAGCAGGCCAAAGAGGAUGAAUCCAAAGAUGCUCUAAAGGACCUGGUGAACCUGGUGACCGCUCUGACCACAUAUGGUGUCAGCGAGCUGAAGCCAGCUGGACUUACCACCGGAGCACCCUUCCUGCUUCCAGGUUUUGUGGUUCCACAGCCUUCUGGGAAAGGUCACACUGUCAGGAACAUCCAGGCUUUUUCAGUGCUUCAGAAUGCUUUCUUGAAGGCCAAGAGCGGUCGUUUAGCACGUAUGAUCCUUGAAGCCAUUGCCAACAUCUAUGCCGCCGACUAUGCCAACUACUUCAUCUUAGAGGCACAGCACGCACUCUCACAGUUCGCGGAGCGGGUAACAAAGCUGCCAGAGGUGCAGUCCAAGUACUUUGAGCUGCUGGAGUUUGUCGUCUUCGGACUUAAUUAUGUACCAUGCAAAGAGCUUUUUAGCGUUAGUGUGCUAUUAAAGUCGAGCACCUCUUACGGAUGCAGCAUCACAGCCACCCGCACCCUUCUCAAGCUUGGACGUCACCACCCCGUCUUCAGUGACGUCUUCCGUGAAGUUGGACUGCUGGAAGUGCUUGUAAAUCUGCUCCACAAAUAUGCAGCGCUGUUGAAAGACCCCACGCAAACACAUACCGAGCAGGGUGAUUCCAAAAACAAUGUGGCUGAAGAACAAAAACAGCUUGCCUGGCUUGUCAUGGAGACUCUCACAGUCCUAUUGCAAGGCUCAAACACUAAUGCAGGGUUGUUCCGGGAGUUUGGGGGAGCGCGGUGUGUGCACAACAUCGUGAAGUAUCGUCAGUGUCGUGAGCAUGCUCUGAUGAUCAUCCAGCAGCUGGUCUUGUCGCCGUCUGGAGAUGAUGACAUGGGCACUCUGCUCGGCCUCAUGCACUCCGCUCCCACAGCAGAACUACAGCUCAAAACUGACAUCCUGCGGGCUCUGCUGGCGGUGCUGCGUGAAAGCCACCGUACACGCACCGUCUUCCGCAAAGUGGGUGGUUUUGUUUAUGUGACCUCUCUGCUGCUGGCCAUGGAGCGCUCUCUCUGUUCUCCACCUGUCAUCGGCUGGGAGAAGGUCAACCAGAACAAAGUCUUUGAACUUCUACACACCAUAUUCUGCACUCUAACAGCUGCCAUGCGUUACGAACCUGCAAACUCGCACUUCUUUCGCACUGAGAUCCAGUACGAGAAGCUGGCUGAUGCAGUGCGACUUCUGGGAUGCUUUUCUGACGCUAAGAAAGUUGGUCCGGCGACCGUCUUCCCGUCAAAUGCCCAACCAUUCCAGCGGUUACUAGAGGAUGAGAUCAUACCUGCCGAAAACGUGUGUCCCACACUGAAGCACUGCAGCAAGCUCUUCAUCUACAUGUACAAGAUGGCCACCGACUCAUUUGACAGUCGUGCCGAGCAGGUGCCCCCCUGCUUGACUCACGAGACCUCGCUGCCCUCUCCUUGGGGCACGCCAGCAAUCGCCAGGAAGAGGCAUGGCUAUAACAGCUCAUCCAACUCGGCCUCUGGUAAAGCCCUAACGGACCUAAAACUGCACUUGGGGAAUUCGUCCCAGCAUUCCUCAGACCCUGUAGUCAUCCACCCUGGAGCAGUGCUGGCAAUGCUCGACCUCCUACCCUCCGUUUCUUCUGACACACAGCCUGAGCAUGCUCUGGACCUGCAGCUGGCAGUUGCUAACAUCCUGCAGCUGCUGGUGCAUUCAGAGAGGAACCAGCAGAUCCUGUGUGAAGCGGGUCUGCAUUCUCGCUUGCUGCAGCGCUGUAGCUGCGCUUUAGGAGAUGAAGAUCAUCCACUCCACCCUCCGCUGCAGAGGAUGUUUGAGAGACUGGCAUCCCAGGCUCUGGAGCCAAUGGUGCUCAGGGAAUUUUUAAGACUAGGGAAUCCUCUGAACUGCGGAGCCUGGGACAAAAAGCUCCUGAAGCAGUACCGGGUCCACAAGCCGAGCUCCCUCAGCUACGAAGCCGAAAUGCGAAACAGUAUGACCUUGUCCAUGGAGGGUUUUGGCCCGGAUAGCGUCUUCACAAUUAAUGAGGACAACAGCCAGUACCGGAUCAGCCGGAGUCUGGUGCGCUCAGCCGAGGGAAGCACUGUGCCCCUUACCCGAGUCAAGUGCCUGGUCUCCAUGACGACGCCCCAUGACAUCCGUCUCCACGGGUCAUCCGUCACACCCGCCUUCGUGGAGUUUGACACGUCAUUAGAGGGAUUCGGCUGUUUGUUUUUGCCCAGUUUGGCCCCUCACAAUGCACCGUCCAGCAAUGCCAACACAUCUGGAGUGAGUGACGGGGCUGUGGUCAGCGGCAUGGGAAAUGGCGAGCGUUUCUUCCCACCUCCCUCUGGCCUGAGCUACUCUACAUGGUUCUGUGUUGAGCGCUUCAGCACACCGCCUCAGAGUCACCCGGUGCGUCUGCUCACAGUGGUGCGGAGGGCAACCUCGUCUGAGCAGCACUACGUGUGUCUGGCCAUCGUGCUCUCCGCUAAAGACCGAUCUCUCAUCGUGUCCACCAAAGAAGAGCUGCUUCAGUCAUAUGUGGAUGACUUCAGUGAGGAGUCCUCCUUCUAUGAGAUCCUGCCCUGCUGUGCUCGUUUCCGCUGCGCUGACCUCAUCACCGAGGGACAGUGGCACCACCUGCUGUUGGUUAUGAGCAAGGGAAUGCUGAAGAACAGUAUGGCCACCCUGUAUAUCGACGGCCAGAUGGUCAGCACAGUCAAGCUGCACUAUGUCCACAAUUCUCCGGGCGGCUCAGCCUCUGCAAACCCACCUGUGGUGAGCACAGUGUACAGCUACAUCGGCACACCACCAGCCCAGCGCCAGCUCUCCACUCUGGUCUGGCGACUGGGGCCCACACACUUUCUGGAGGAGGUGCUGCCUGCUGCCAGUGUGGCUGCCAUUUAUGAGCUGGGACCCAAUUAUGUAGGCAGUUUCCAAGCUGUUUACCUGCCAUGUAAAGACUCAAAAACUGAAGCUGUGCCACCCUGUCCUGUUGGACUGGUCCCUGAGGAAAAAGUCUCCUUUAGUCUCUUUGCUCACUCUGUAUCUGCUCUCACUGUGGCCAAGAUACGAAAAGUCUACAACAAACUGGACAGCAAAGCCAUUGCCAAACAGCUGGGAGUUUCCUCUCAUGAAAGUGCCACACCAGUCAAGCUUGUUCAUAAUGCAGUAGGCCAUCUUAACGGAUCAGCCAGGACUGUUGGAGCUGCAGUCAUUGGUUACCUGGGUGUGCGGGCCUUUGUAACCAAACCAGUUGCCACCAACCUCCAGUACAUCGGAGGAGCAGCUGCCAUUCUGGGCCUGGUUGCCAUGGCAUCAGACGUGGAGGGUCUCUAUGCUGCUGUAAAAGCAUUAGUGUGUGUUGUCAAGAGCAACCCACUUGCUAGCAAGGAGAUGGAGCGUAUCAAAGGCUACCAGCUGUUGGCCAUGUUGCUGAAGAAGAAACGGCCUCUGUUGAAUAGCCAUAUCCUGCACUUGACCUUCUCUUUGGUUGGAACUGUUGAUAGUGGCCACGAGACCUCCAUCAUCCCAAACUCCACAGCCUUUCAGGACCUGCUGUGCGAUUUUGAGGUUUGGCUUCAUGCUCCCUAUGAACUGCACCUUUCUCUCUUUGAGCACUUCACUGAACUUCUGACUGAAUCCAGUGAAGCUGCCAAGAAUGCCAAACUAUUGCGUGAGUUCCAGCUGAUCCCCAAACUGCUGCUGACUCUGAGGGAUCAGUCUCUUUCUCAGCCCACCAUUAAUGCCAUCGGAAACGUCCUCAGUCUCCUGCUGCAGGGCUUCCCCAACACAUAUGACCUGCUCAGAUUUGGGCAGUUCAUCUCUUCAACAUUGCCAACAUUUGCUGUCUGCGAGAAAUUUGUUAUUAUGGAGAACACAAAUGAGGAGAAGAUCGACAGAGGAGCUGACGAGGAGUUCGGAGGCCUCCUGUCAUCCAACCUGAUUCUCCUGCGGAACAGACUCCUGGACAUCCUGCUCAAGCAGCUCUUCAGCUGCAAAGAGAAGAGCACGGUUAAUGCACAGGCAUGCGAUGAGCUUGUGCGCACCUUGGGUUUUGAUUGGUUGCUGAUGUUUAUGGAAGAACACAUUCACUCCAGCACUGUGACUGCAGCUCUCUUGAUCCUGGUGGUCUUGCUGAGUAACCAGACCAUCCUCAGCCGGUUCAAAGAGGGCCUGUCUGGAGGAGGAUGGCUGGAUCACACCGACUCUGUGCUCACUAAUAAGAUCGGCACAGUACUGGGUUUUAAUGUGGGCCGCAACGCUGGAGGACGGUCGACAUUGCGUGAAAUCAACCGAGAUGCCUGUCAUUUCUCAGGAUUUCCUGUAUUGCAAACUCUGCUGCCUAAACACACCAACGUCCCAGAGAUCUACUUCAUGCUCAUGGCUCUCUUCUUCCAGCAGCCAAUCACAGAGCUGCCUGAGAGUCUGCAGGUACAUUUUGACCUGGACUCUAUCUGGACGUUUAUAUUUGGCGUCCCAGCCUCCAGUGCUACAGUGGUGGGCUCCCUUCACAAUAUGUGCACCGAAACAGCUUUCCUGCUUCUGGCCAUGCUGCGCAGCAUGCUUAACCUGCCUUGGCAGUCAGAAGAGGAGGGUUCCUGGCUGAGAGAAUAUCCCAUCACUCUCAUGCAGUUUUUCCGUUAUCUCUAUCACAACAUCACAGAUCUGGCACCUAUGUGGCACAGCCCAGACUUCCUGUGUACACUUGCUGCUACUGUUUUCCCCUUCAAUAUACGACCCUACUCAGAGAUGGUGAGUGAUUUAGAUGAUGAAGCAAGCUCACCCACAGAAGAGUUCAAAGCCUUUGUGACAGAUACUGGUAUGAACCGCAGUCAGUCAGAAUACUGUAAUGUAGGGAGUAAAACCUACCUGACCAACCACCCAGCCAAGAAGUACGUCUUUGACUUCAUGAGGCUCCUCAUUAUGGACAACCUGUGCAUGACACCUGCCAGCAAACAGACCCCCAUCAUUGAUCUUCUUCUGGAGGCGUCACCAGAGCGCUCCACCAGGACACAGCAGAAGGAGUUUCAGUCCUACAUCCUGGACAGUGUGAUGGAGCAGCUUCUUGCUGCAGAUGUGCUGAUGGGUGAGGAGGCGUCAUUGCCAAUAACAACUGGAGGAAGUUACCAGGUCCUGGUCAACAACGUCUUCUACUUCACCCAGCGUGUGGUGGAUAAGCUGUGGCAGGGCAUGUUCAACAAAGAGUCCAAGCUGGUGGUGGAUUUCAUCGUUCAGCUGAUCACUCAGUCCAAACGGCGUUCACAGGGUUUGUCUCUCGACUCGGUCUAUCAUUGUCUGAACCGAACAAUCCUCUACCAGCUCUCACGACCACACAAGACCGUCCCGCAACAGGUCACUCUGCUGGAUUCACUACGUGUUCUGACGGUAACGAACCUUGUGUUGGGACCCGGGAACCAUGACCAGGAGUUUGUGGCCUGCCUGGCCCACUGUUUGAUCAACCUGCACACAGGAAGUAGUGUGGAGGGCUUUGGUCUGGAGGCCGAAGCAAGAAUGACCACCUGGCAUGUGGCUGUUCCUUCUGAGAACGAGUCGGACAGUGUGCAGAGCCAGGAUGUUAGCGAAGGUCGUCAGUUGCUGCUCAAGGCUGUGAAUCGUGUGUGGACGGAGCUCAUGCACAGUAAGCGGCAAAUGCUGGAAGAUAUUUUUAAAGUCUCUCUGCCUGUCAAUGACAGAGGACAUGUGGACAUCGCCACCGCUCGACCUGCUCUAGAGGAACCUGCUGCUAAAAGCUGGCAGAACCACCUGGUCCAUGAGAAGAAAUGCAUCAGCCGAGGUGAGACUGUCGCCCCAGCAAAUCAGUCCAAAUUGUCUCGAGUUAGCAGUGGCUUUGGUCUGUCCAAACUGACCGGCUCCCGUCGCAGCAAGAAGGAAAGUGGCAUGAACAAAAACAAUCUUUCAGCACAGGAGACCUUCCAGUGGAUGUUCACACAUAUUGCUGUGGUUCGGGACCUAGUAGCAAUGCAGUACAAAGAGCAUCAAGAGAGGCAGCAGAAUGCACUGAAGUAUGAUGGAGAAUGGGCAGGCAUUGAAUACGAGCUGCUUCGGGAGAGGGGUCUCUGGGGGCCUCCCAUUGGCUCCCACCUGGACAAGUUUCAGCUGGACAUGACCGAGGGACCCUGUAGAAUGAGAAAGAAGAUGGUCCGGAAUGAUAUGUUUUAUAUUCAUUAUCCCUAUGUGCCUGAUCCUGAGCCCAAUGCAAGCACUCAGAAUAACUCUCAGGUGCCAAUAAUGGGUGCAAUAUUUAACAUACCAGUCCAGAAGCCAGCGCGAUACCGGCGAGCAAUUAGCUAUGACAGUAAGGAGUAUUACAUGCGGCUACUCUCAGGAAAUCCGGGAAUGUACCAGCACUCCAUAGAGCAGAACACAGAAGGAGAAACCACACAACAAGAGCCUGAACAUGGAGAGGACACCAUCGCAAGGGUCAAAGGUCUGGUAAAGGCUCCUUUGAAACGGUCACGCUCUACAGCAGAUGGGGCUGAUGAGGACAGUCAAGACCAGCUGCAGGAGCUUCUGGAGUCAGGAGCAAUGGAUGAAGAGCAGAAAACAGACAACACCACACUGCUCCGUCUGCUGGAGGAGGGAGAGAAGAUCCAGCACAUGUACCGCUGUGCUCGAGUUCAGGGUCUGGAUACCAGUGAAGGGCUGCUCUUAUUUGGGAAGGAACAUUUCUACGUGAUCGACGGCUUCACCAUGACCGUCACCAGAGAGAUCAGAGACAUUGAGACACUUCCUCCAAAUAUGCAUGAACCCAUCAUUCCCCGAGGGGCCCGGCAGAGCAAGAGUCAGCUGAAACGAACAUGCAGCAUCUUUGCAUAUGAAGACAUCAGAGAGGUGCACAAACGCCGCUACCUGCUUCAGCCUAUGGCAGCUGAAGUGUUUUCUGGAGAUGGAAGAAAUUAUCUGUUGGCUUUCCAAAAAGGAGUUCGGAACAAAGUAUAUCAAAGGUUCCUGGCAGUGGUUCCCUCACUAGCCGACAGCUCAGAAUCUGUCUCUGGGCAGCGUCCCAACACCAGUGUGGAACAGGGGUCAGGUCUUCUCAGUACGCUGGUCGGCGAGAAGUCAGUAACUCAAAGAUGGGAGAGAGGAGAAAUCAGCAAUUUCCAAUAUCUGAUGCAUCUCAACACACUGGCUGGCAGGUCUUACAAUGACCUGAUGCAAUAUCCAGUCUUUCCGUGGAUCCUGGCAGAUUUUGACUCAGAGGAACUGGACCUCAACAAUCCAAAGACAUUCCGAAAUCUGUCCAAACCAAUGGGAGCUCAGACGGAUGACAGACUGAUCCAGUACAAGAAAAGAUUCAAAGAUUGGGAGGAUCCUAAUGGCGAGACUCCGGCAUAUCAUUACGGCACUCAUUACUCUUCUGCAAUGAUUGUUGCCUCAUAUCUGGUCAGAAUGGAGCCGUUCACACAGAUCUUCCUUAGGCUUCAGGGAGGACAUUUUGAUCUGGCCGACCGAAUGUUUCACAGUGUGAGAGAGGCUUGGCUGUCUGCUUCCAAACACAACAUGGCUGAUGUGAAAGAGCUUAUUCCAGAGUUCUUCUACCUUCCUGAGUUCCUGCUCAAUUCCAACAAUUUUGACCUUGGGAGUAAACAGAAUGGCACCAAGCUUGGAGACGUGAUUUUGCCUCCAUGGGCAAAAGGAGACCCAAGAGAGUUCAUAAGGGUUCACAGAGAGGCUCUGGAGUGUGAUUUUGUCAGUGCCCAUCUGCAUGAAUGGAUCGACUUGAUCUUUGGUUAUAAGCAGCAGGGUCCUCCAGCGGUGGAGGCAGUGAAUGUCUUCCAUCAUCUAUUCUAUGAGGGCCAGGUGGACAUCUACAACAUCAAUGACCCACUGAAGGAAACCGCUACAAUUGGAUUCAUCAACAACUUCGGCCAGAUCCCAAAACAGCUGUUCAAGAAGCCUCAUCCUCCAAAGCGUGUGCGCAGUAAGUCAAACGGUGAGGUGCCUGGUGUGCCUGUUACACUCAAUUCCACAUUAGACAAAAUCUUCUUCCAUCAUCUGGACAAUCUGCGACCCUCUCUCACUCCUGUCAAAGAGCUAAAAGAGCCAGUAGGUCAGAUCGUGUGCACUGACAAGGGCAUUCUGGCUGUUGAGCAGAACAAGGUGUUGGUUCCUCCUGCCUGGAAUAAAACUUUCGCCUGGGGCUAUGCAGACCUCAGCUGCCGUCUCUCCAACUACGAGUCUGACAAGGCGGUCGUAGUGUAUGAGUGCCUGUCUGAAUGGGGGCAGAUCUUGUGUGCCAUUUGCCCAAACCCCAAACUGGUCAUUACUGGAGGAUUCAGCACAGCCAUCUGUGUGUGGGAGACCGGCUCCUCCAAAGAGAAAGCCAAGAGCCUCACACUCAAACAGGCUCUGCUGGGACACACAGACGCAGUUACAUGUCUCACAGCGUCAUCAGCCUACCACAUUGUCGUGAGUGGCUCUCGAGACCGAACAUGCAUCAUUUGGGACCUGAAUAAGCUGUCUUUUGUGACCCAGCUGAGGGGUCACAGAGCUCCAGUCUCAGCGCUCUGCAUCAAUGAGCUCACUCACACCGCCUCAGAGUCACCCGGUCGUCUGCUCACAGUGGUGCGGAGGGCAACCUCGUCUGAGCAGCACUACGUGUGUCUGGCCAUCGUGCUCUCCGCUAAAGACCGAUCUCUCAUCGUGUCCACCAAAGAAGAGCUGCUUCAGUCAUAUGUGGAUGACUUCAGUGAGGAGUCCUCCUUCUAUGAGAUCCUGCCCUGCUGUGCUCGUUUCCGCUGCGCUGACCUCAUCACCGAGGGACAGUGGCACCACCUGCUGUUGGUUAUGAGCAAGGGAAUGCUGAAGAACAGUAUGGCCACCCUGUAUAUCGACGGCCAGAUGGUCAGCACAGUCAAGCUGCACUAUGUCCACAAUUCUCCGGGCGGCUCAGCCUCUGCAAACCCACCUGUGGUGAGCACAGUGUACAGCUACAUCGGCACACCACCAGCCCAGCGCCAGCUCUCCACUCUGGUCUGGCGACUGGGGCCCACACACUUUCUGGAGGAGGUGCUGCCUGCUGCCAGUGUGGCUGCCAUUUAUGAGCUGGGACCCAAUUAUGUAGGCAGUUUCCAAGCUGUUUACCUGCCAUGUAAAGACUCAAAAACUGAAGCUGUGCCACCCUGUCCUGUUGGACUGGUCCCUGAGGAAAAAGUCUCCUUUAGUCUCUUUGCUCACUCUGUAUCUGCUCUCACUGUGGCCAAGAUACGAAAAGUCUACAACAAACUGGACAGCAAAGCCAUUGCCAAACAGGUGUGUAGCAUUCCCCUCUUUCUUGCUCUUUAUGGUUUGAAUGAUAAAAUGAAAUAA